CGGGAUUGAAUUGACUCGGCCAAUUGAAGCUCAAUGUCUCUCGAGUGAGUCCAUAAGGGAAGUAGAAAUUGUAGUGUCUCUCCAGUGAAGACUGCUUGGGGGACUGUGCUUUGCAAAGCGGUUUUGCGAAUGGGGCUGAUGAAUAAAACACUCCGUCGUGUACACUUUGCGGGUCAGUGGAACUCCGUGGGGGACGAAUCGAGUCGCGGAGCGUCACGCAUAGCGAAGCCCAUUCAAGCGUUCAAGUGUUUCACUAAUCCAGGUUCAAGGCUCAAACUGACUACGGAUUCUUGAGGAUUUGUACCCUUUGGGAUCAUGUUGCUGCUCACUGACCGCUGGAGCUUUUCCUCAGCGAUACCUUCGGACGCAACUUCAAAGCAGAGUUGCUGUCUGCCUUCGAUGUGCUCCUCUCGCACUAUGCUGUCUAUCUCCUCCUUCUUUUUGGACGGAAUAGAGGCAGUUUAGCCAAGAGUUUCGGAUUUUUGUGGCUGUUUCUCGAGUGGUGGCAAGGGUUUCGAAGAGACGAGGCUUGUUGGAGGCGAGAGUCGGGGCUCUGCCUGGUCUUCAUCCAGGUUCUGCCAUGCUGACGGAGGACGAGAGAGGUUCCAUUGAAGAAAGUCAUCUGAACAGCACGCCUGGGCCGACGCCGAGAAGACGAACCACCUUGAAUAGACGCUCCGUUCGGACGCUGCUUCGGGAGGGACAGAGUCAUUUGUUUGAGCAUUGGCCGCCUCCUGGUGAGCAUGAUGAUGACAAGCGCCGCUUCUCUGAGCAGGUCGAAAAAUUCAGUGAAAGGUACCCUGGUGGCUUAGCAGCUUACGUCCGAAGAGCGAAGACACUCCAGGAAUACGUGGGAUCCAACCAACGCCAUAAGGAGUUUGAAGGUUGCACUCCAUCUAUUGCAGAGGGAGUGAUAUUAAAGUAUGGAAGCCGAAAGUACGUGGAAUAUGAGGAAGCUGGUCUGAAAGAGUUCGCACGAGUUGCUUUUGUUCUGGUGGCUGGAGGAUCGGCAGAACGACUCAAUCGUGGGAAUGAGAUCAAGCUCGAGUUGCCGACAGAGUCUGCCACAGGGAUCUGCUUUUUAGAGCUCUACAUCAAGAGUAUUUUGGCAAUUCAACAUAGUGCGAAAAAGAGGUUGGCUUUCAAGGCAGCAAAAAUACCGUUUGUGAUUAUGAGCUCCGACUAUACUCACUCAAGAAUCAAAAAAUUGUUAACGACGAAUGACUGCUUCGGCAUGUGUCCUGAUCAAAUUUAUCUGUUGAAGCAGGAGAAUACUGCCCCCUGUCUCAACCGAAAAACAGCCAACCUCUUGCUCUCCUCCAAUGAUCCUUAUCUCAUCAAGACAAUGCCUGGUGGCAGUGGUGAAGUACACGCUAUACUCUUUUCCAGCGGCUUGCUUCAGACAUGGAAAAAAGAAGGUCGAAACUGGGUGGUUAUUUUUGAGGAAGGAAAUGGCCUGACUUUCAAAGCAACACCAGCACUACUAGGAGCAAGUAUGCUCUGCGACUUUGACGUCAACCUCCUUGCCUCCGCUCGGAAGGGAGAAUCCCCGGGGGCUGGAAUUGUUCAAUUCAGCAACAAAUCUGGAUCUAGGAUGGUGGCAAAUAUUGACUGCAUACAUCAAGUGCUUUCCUCGAUGGGACACCGCCACAUGGAUUUGAAUGAUUUUACAACUGCACAUUCGCCGUUCCCGACUGGAUUGGAUCAGAUGGUCUUGAAGCCAGGGCCGUACUUGGACGAGCUCACUAAUACCCAAGGCAGAGACAUGCCCACAGUCCUCCCACUACUGGAAGAGGGAGGAUAUGAUGUGAUGCUCGAAGCGCAAUGAGGUUGGAGACCAGGAUGCAAGACUACACAAGAAAUCUGAAACCGUCAGCUAAAGUUGGGUUCACUACAAUGGACGAAUGGCUCAUCUAUGCUCCACUUAAAAACAGCGCCCCGUCUGCAGCGAAGGUAGGAGCGUACGUUGAAGGUGGCAUGGAGAUUGACUUCGGCCACGCCCAGAAAGUUCAAAUGUGGCCACGCAUUGUGUGGCACCCAGGUUGGGCUCUUACAAGCUCCGAUGUGCUGAAGAAGAUGUUGUAUGAGAAGGAGAGGAGCUCCAUCACACUCGCAUCCUCUCUCGUGCUUUCAGCGCCAGACAUAGUCAUAGAAAACUUGCAGUUGGACGGCACACUUUUCGUGCACACCGUUCCUGGAGUAAUUGUAACACUCAGGAACCUGCGUGUCAAGAACGAGGGGUGGAGAUAUGUAUGGGUUGACGAUCAUAAAGAGGAAGAUGAUUCCAAAGCUGCAAAAGUACGCAAUUACAAGAUAGAAAACGUUGGAGAGACCAAUUUGUUGUUUGAUAAGGCGGGCCCAUGUUGCGUUGAAAACAUCAAAUUUGACAGCUCAUUGACAUCUUGCAAGCUAAGAAACCUUAAGUUACAAACAUCAGACUGACCCAGUGCAACAGAUGGCGUCUGAAACUUGGAGCAGGAUGCAAGAUUGGCUAAUGAUAGAAUUGUCAGGUAAACGCCAAAUGCUCUCAUACUUCGGCUGGAGAAUUAUUUGUGAAAGCUGUGUCAACUCCUACUAUGAACCCCAGAAUUACUCUUGAUGAACACUUUGGACAUGGCCAUGUUUUCAAUCUUGUUUAUAGACAGGUUUAAGGUAAAAUGUGGAAGUAUGUUGGCAAAUGAAACAAAUGAUUCCUUUGUGGACUCAAGUUUUGAAUUACAUGGUUGUACUGCAUUGGAAUGUGCCUCGCCUGCCGCAUUUACGUACUCAAGAUUGGGAUUGGCAAUCAAUUUGUGACCUUGUAGCGGAGCAGAACUUAGGUGUCGUCAAGAUGGAUAAAAUAGAUUAGAUCUUUUUGUAUGGUAUUACAAAUAUAAGAAAUACAAUAUAUAAGUUUUUAGUUAAUCGUUUGGAUCUGUCAUUUAUUCAUUUUGCUAUUAAAGUUUUAUGAUACAUGUGAAAACAUUUAUUAGAAAGCAUUCUAAGAAGUUGUUUAUUCAUGAUU